UCUUCUUUCUUGUAUAAAAGGAUUAGUGCCUUCCAUUUUUGAUUCCAUACUUCCCUACAACAAUCCUAUAAACUUCUACUUAUCCCUACAAAAUAUUUCUAAUUUUCACUUAUUUUACAAGAUGAAGGUCCAGAGAGAGAAAAGAUUUGCACUACUAAUGGCAGUAAGGGAUUCAGAUUAUGUGAAGAAAGUCUAUGGUGGAUAUUUCAAUGUAUUUGUUGAAGCAUUUGCAGAUGAAGAAGAGAAAUGGGACUUGUUUCGCAUCGUCGAGGGCGAAUUUCCUGCCAUAGAUGAUCUUCAAAACUAUGAAGGAUUUGUGAUCAGUGGAAGCCCUCAUGAUGCUUAUGGGGAUGAAUAUUGGAUUCUUGAACUUUGCUUUAUUUUGCAGACAUUAUUCGCAAUGCAAAAGAAAGUUCUUGGAAUUUGCUUUGGUCAUCAGGUUUUGUGUAGAGCUUUGGGAGGAAAAGUUGGGAAAGCAUAUAGUGGUUGGGAUAUUGGAAUAAGAAAGGUUAGGUUUACCGAGGAUUUCACCUUUUAUGGAUACUUUGAUGAUAGUUUGGAUGAAAUUCCUCCCACUCUUUCAAUCAUUGAAUGCCAUCAAGAUGAGGUUUGUGAAGUGCCUGAGGGAGCACAAGUUCUUGCAUGUUCCGAUAAAACACGUGUAGAAAUGUUCAAAUUUGGAGACAACAUUCUAGGAAUUCAGGGACAUCCUGAAUAUGAAAAAGACAUUCUUGACAAUAUCAUUGAUCGUCUUCUUUCGAACGGCUCCUUUGAGAAGGGUUUUGCAGAAGAAGCCAAGUUGAAGUCAAUGGAAGCAGAAGCAGAUAGGAAAUACUGGGAAAGGAUUUGUAAGAGCUUUCUCAAAGGCAGGUGGAUUACUCAGUCGCAAACAUACUUUUGAUGACUUUGCUGCUUUCUUCACUAUGUAUGCUUGUCUCCACUCAAUAUUGAACACUCUUCCAUUUGAUAGUGCAAAAUCAUUAACAACUUA